AUAAUAAGUUAUGUCAUGAUGGGACUAAACCAUUACAAGGGUUUAUGUUAGCCAGGAAACCUCUUCCUAUUGACAAAUGGUUCAGUCCACCAGAGCUACCUCCAGAAUACGUUCCUCUUCAUGAGUUUGACACUGAAAACCAAUAUGUCCAAGAUGCAAAUAAAAAAAAUAUAAAACCAAAACAGACUACAUUGGCGAUUGUUGCGGAACAGCGUGGCGCAUUACUAGGUGAAACGCCUUUAAAUGCACCUGCACGUUCUGUAUUUGAUUAUGUGUCUCGAAAAGAUAAAGAAAGACUAGAUAGUAUAAUUCGACCAGUAAUUGAUACAUUAGGUGACAAAAACACUAAUAAACCUCCUGAAGUUAAACUUCCAAAGAUAGAAAAAGAUGUUGCUUUGGCUGCUUUGAAAGGGUUCAUUCCUUUCGAGGAUAAUAAGAAAAAACAAGCGAGAUACAAAAAAUAUUUAGAAAUUCAUGCAGAGUUAAUAGCUCCUGAAUUGUUAAAACAACCCGAGGAAUUAACUGUAGAUGAAUUUUCAAAAGAGCUAGAUGAAUUUGCUCAAGCGGCAAGAAUAUUUCGUCCAAUGUCAAAAAUGAUUGCAUCACGGUUCGUUACUAGUACAGCACCUGCUGAAGAAUUCAAACAGCCUACUCCUGGUCUAAGAUCCGGCGCUGGUGCUGGAGAUGAUUUAAAUAUUACCCCAAUUAAGCAGAAAGACACAAGUCAAAUUAGCAAUGAAUCAACCGCAGAGGCUGCGGCAAGAAUGAAUAUGUUUGGUCCACUUACGAGAACAAAAUUAAUGUUUUAUCCAAGCAGACUUCUGUGUAAACGAUUUAACGUAGCAAAUCCGCAUCCAGAUCAUGUACAAAAUUCAACCUCUGGUAAGACCCAAAAGGGUCAGAAAGAAGCGCUCAGCAAAGAGACGAUGAAUGAAAUUCUCAAUAAGCAAGACGCGCAAAGUUUCCCAGGAAUUAGCACAACUGUGUCCAGUAGUAUUUACAGUCAAUCUUCUGUAUCUGAUACGAAUGUUAUUGAUCAAAAACCGUAUACACGCCCUGCGAUGGAAUUAUUUAAAUCCAUUUUUGGUGAUUCAGGCUCAGAAGACGAUGAUGAAGACGCUCCAAAACAUAAAAAACCCCCAAAUCUAGUAAUUGGCGAUUCGGAGCCUCAAGAUACGAUCAAAGACAAACCACCAACACCUAUUUCACAUAAUAUAGAUGAAGAUGUUAGUGCUACACCGUUUAGACCAAUGUUUAAGAAGAAAUCAGAUCGUGCAGGUGGGGAUAUAUCUUCUGCUGAAAUAGUGAAAACCAAAUCAGAAUCUAGUUCAUCAAAGAGCAAGAACCAAAAUAUGAAAGGAACGUUAUCAUUCGAGGAUGAAUCGUUCAUUGGACCAACUAGUUCCCGAAAAAAGAAGAAACGAUCACUCAAGAAUGAAA